AUGGAGAGCCUCGGAGGCAAUGCUGGCUACAGCGAUGCCAAUAAAGCAUUCCUACAGGCAUUUCUUGCCCGCAGCGUCCUAACCCUUGAGACGGCCAAACCCAUCAUUGCAGCAUGCUCGUCAUUUCAAGAGAAACGCGAAGUCCUGCCUCAAGAUGUCACGGUCGAAGACUUGAACGACUACAUUGCAGAAGCAAAUCGCAGACUAUCCCCUCUUGACCUCGAGAUCAGAAGUACCUUCCACCAGCAGACCCGCGAAAGAGUGUAUGCGCUGGUGAACGCUACGAGCGAUCCUCUCACUCAGCUCGCCACGACAUACACAGCCGACGAAAUUGUCUACGUGAAAAAGCUACUCGAUGCAAUGUUUGAUGGACAGAACAACAGGGGCAAAAGAGAAGCCAUGUGUAUAAGCGGCAUCGAUGCGAUUCAGGUUGGGCGCACCCCUCUCCGCCGCCAGGCGUCUGAAGAGAAUGAAAACGGGGCACAGUCAUCUGCUGGUAUGCUCGGUGCUAAGGAUGCUGAGAAUAUGCUGCACCGAAUGCAGAGCGAAGGGUGGCUAGAAAAGAGCCGGGCUGGGUUUUACAGCUUGAGUCCUCGUGCCUUGAUGGAACUCAAAGGCUGGCUGGUGGACACCUACAACGACGAAGACGAGGACGGCAAUCAGAAAGAGAAGAUCAAGUUCUGCCAUGCUUGCAAGGAGAUCAUCACGGUGAAUUUCUUUCGAAUACACCGAUCCUCGAGAUGUCCAUUAUGCAGGACCGAGUGGGACGGCGAACAUUUUGUGGGAGAAAAGGCCAUCACCACCUCGGAAAGCUAUCAGACUGGAAAGAGAAGGAGUGGUGCAUACAACAGACCCAGACGCAGCAACAAUGAGGCUGAGGAAGUAGAAGGAUGA